AUGGAAAUUCUGAAAAAUAGGAAACAAAACAAUGGACUCAAUAGAACCCACCCAGAAUUAAGAGAUUUAUAUGAAAAUUUACAAGAACUCCAAAAUAAUUUUAUGGGAGCUUCUUAUGAAGAUAUUGAAUCAGAAAAUAUUAUUGAGACUGCAGUAGAAGAUUUUCAUGAUGACUUUGAUGAUGAAAUAAAUAAUGAAGUUUUUUCAAAUGUAGAAAUUGAGAAAUUUAAAAAAAUUUACAAUAAUGAACCAAUUGAAGAAUCAGAAAUAAUUAAUGAAUUAAAAGCUGAAAAUGAAAAAUUAAAUGAAAAAAAAAGAGCAAGCAAAAAAUUAUAUUAUAAAUAUAUUUAA